UCUUCACUCAUUAUGCUGUAAUCGUAGAGUUGCCAAACUUUUCUUCAAAUAGCAAAUUAAGUUGGCAGCGUUGGUUGUCAUUGUUAAUAGAUUUGUUCAGCGACGUUUGUGAAAAGAUUCAGAUUUUCCAGGAUGGCUGCUGCUAAUAAACUUGGUCUUUUGAGCCGAUCCCUCAGUUCGACAGCUCAAUUUGUAAAACCACCAGUUCAAGUUUUUGGUCUUGAAGGUCGUUAUGCUACAUCACUAUAUUCAGCAGCUUCCAAGUUGAAACAGUUGGACCAGGUGGAAAAGGAUCUGAAUGCUUUGCAAGUAGCUUUAAAGAGCAAUGCUUCGCUGCGCAUGGCUGUUACCAAUCCAAUUAUUAACAAAAAGCUAAUGUCAAACACCCUUAAGGAGACUGCAGAUAAGCUGAAGAUGGCUCCAGCGACUGCCAACCUAUUGGGACUUUUAGCUGAUAAUGGGCGUUUGAAAAAUUUGGACACGGUUAUAAAUGCCUACAAGACUAUUAUGGCUGCUCACCGGGGUGAAGUUGUUUGUGAAGUUGUAACUGCUAAACCCUUAGAUUCUUCUCAGAGCAAGCAGUUGGAAUCUGCUCUUAGAUCAUUCUUGAAGGGAAACCAACAAUUGAAAAUUACUUCUCGUGUGGAUCCUAGCAUUAUUGGUGGUUUAAUCGUGUCUAUUGGCGAUAAAUAUGUUGAUAUGAGCAUUGCCAGCAAAGUCAAAUUGUACACCGAUGUUAUUACUUCAUCAGCUUAAGAUAAAAGUAUAAUAGCAGGAAGUGGAUAUAUAAGAUACAUACAUGUUAUAUCAUUUGAAAAUAAAAAAUUGAGAUUUCGAAUGUGAA